AGAAGGAGGACUAAUCCACUCAGCCGGCUAUCACUGAUUUAUUUCCUAACCCCAAAUGAUUAACAACAAAUUAAUUCCGCUCCAGUCCGCAGCUCUAUUCUGCGUCAGGUUUUGGCAUUGCCUUGCGUUUCAAUAGCUGCGGGUGACAGACUUACAACAGCGCUGAGAUAGCAAACGCGUGAUCCCUCUCUCACAGACCAAACGCCGCGAGCUACACGCCGGGGAUUGCUGGAAAAUAUUACAUUUCUUCCGGACAAAAAGAGUUUCUUUUAACAGAUCCCAGAGGCUGGACUCCCCAAAAAAGCAAACAUUGGAAGCAGCGACGCGCGCACCAACACAACGGAACGUGCCUUUUUUUGUCCACGCGUUAAGAAGCGCGUUCAUUCUACUGGCGCAGCACUGAAGAAAUAACUAUUGUAGCGGUCGGGGAUUGAUAAAGCAACUGCUUCCAGCUCAGACAGACACGUUUUCAUAAGGCACAGCUGGUUGCGCUGGCGGGUUACACAUAAGGCUGUUUAUCCCCGCUUAUUCCAAACGACUUCUUGAAUUCUGGAUAGCUGUCCGAAGGGGAAUACAGCAGCGGCUGCAGGACCAAGCCGGGAAUGCCAUUUGUUCGCGGGCAGCAUAAACGAGCUUUGUCGCGCGGUGUUUUUUACUGUUGGACAGGUGUCGUUGCGUUUGCUGGAGCGGCGGGGUUAGUUGUUAGUUGUUGGGGGGUUUGGACACAGUUGUCUUAAGGAUGUCAGAUCAGGGAUCGGAUCUGCUCAGAGACAGGUGCGAUAGAGAGGAGUAGAUUUCACGCGGACCCCUCCUCUCUUCCCUUCUCCUCUCCUCUCAGUCAUUCUGGAUUAUAGUCCCGAAGAGGAGACUCAUUCACAGAGAACCAGGGCUCACCGUUUCCCGCGGCUCUUAUCGUGCCGGGGCUCUGCUACCAUGAUGACCGUGGCCAAACCUUUCAUCAGGCUCUUCUGGCUCCUGCGGCUGGUGUGUGCGGUUUUCCCUGAAGAACCGGGACCUCUGAACUUUACCCCCACUGAAGUGGUAAGAAGGUAUCCUGUGUUUCUUGGACGACCCCAUCGCUCAACCCUCAGACAUGAGCCCUUACACAUACAGAGGAUCCUGCAGGUCAACCGUACCCUUUACAUCGGAGCCAGAGAUGACCUUUUCCGAGUGGAGCUGGACAACGUGGUGGGAGAAGAGAUGUUUUACAGCAAGAAAAGGACAUGGGAGUCUAACAAAAAUGACAUCCGAAUCUGUCGAAUGAAGGGAAAACAUGAGGACGAGUGCCGAAACUACAUGAAGGUUCUGCUCAGCCGGCAGGGCGGAUUGUUUAUCUGCGGGACCAACGCCUUCAAUCCGUUGUGUGCCAAUUAUACUGGGGACACUCUUGAGAUGGUGGGUGAAACUGUAAGUGGCAUGGCUCGAUGCCCAUAUGACCCGAAACAUGCCAACGUGGCCUUGUUUGCAGAGGGGAAUCUCUACACGGCCACAGUAACUGAUUUUCUGGCUAUCGAUGCUGUAAUCUACAGGAGUCUGGGGGACAAUCCUGCCCUGCGAACGGUGAAACACGACUCCAAAUGGUUUAGAGAACCAUACUUUGUGAGUGCUGUGGAAUGGGGACCGCACGUCUACUUCUUUUUCAGAGAGAUGGCCAUGGAGUUCAACUACCUAGAGAAGGUGGUUGUGUCUCGUGUGGCUCGCGUGUGCAAAGCCGAUCAGGGCGGAUCACAACGUGUGCUGGAAAAGCAGUGGACGUCAUUUCUGAAAGCUCGCCUGAACUGCUCCAUCCCGGGAGAUUCGCAUUUCUACUUCAACCUCCUGCAUUCCACCAGUCCCAUCAUCCGCAUGCACGGCCGGGAUAUCAUCCUCGCUGUCUUCUCCACACCCUCCAACAGUAUUCCUGGAUCUGCAGUGUGUGCUUUUGACAUGGAGCAGCUGGCUGGAGUGUUUGAUGGAAGAUUUAAAGAGCAGAAGUCGCCUGAAUCGAUAUGGACACCUGUUCCAGAUGAGGCUCUGCCCAAACCGAGGCCGGGUGGUUGUGCAGUACAAGGCUCCAAAUUCAACUCCUCCAACUCUUUCCCUGAUGACAUGCUAACUUUUGUCAAAACUCAUCCACUGAUGGAUGAAGCCGUCCCAUCGCUUGGCCAGAGACCAUGGAUUGUUAGGACCAUGGUCAGAUACCAGCUCAACAAGAUGGUGGUGGACACAAACGCCGGGCCUUAUGGGAACCAAACAGUCCUUUUCCUGGGAUCCAGCCGAGGAACCAUUCUCAAAUUCCUGGUCACCCCUAACAGGGAUAACACCGUGACCAACAACAACGUGUUCCUUGAGGAACUCGAAGGCUACAACCCUGACAGGUGUGGGACUGACUCUCCUCAGGCCAGGCAGCUGCUCUCUCUCACGCUGGACCGCAUCAGUCACAGCCUCCUACUGACUUUCCCAUCGUGCGUGAUCAAAGUGCCUGUAGCUCGCUGCCAACUCUAUUCCCGCUGCAUGAAGAACUGCAUCGCCUCACGAGACCCCUACUGUGGCUGGACCAGAGGAAGCACCUGCUCAUUCCUCCGCGCUGGUACCAGGCUUCCCUUCGAGCAAGACGUUGAGCAAGGAAACACUUCUCACUUGGGUGACUGCGAUGGUCUUCUGCAUGAGAGUUUCAUCGAGGAACCAGAUGGCUUGGUGUCUGUAAACCUCCUGGUGGUUUCUGCAGUUUCCGCGUUUGCCACUGGGGCGGCGCUGUCGGGUCUUAUGGUGUGUUGGAUAAUGAGCCUCAAACACCGGCAGCAUUCCAGAGCCAAUGGAUCUGGCUUAGGGAGUCGUCGGAAGAGUGACAAGGAGCAAAGCAUGUUGGGACACGGCCGCAGCGGCUCCGUGAUCAGCGUGACACGCAUCAGCGGCAGUGAACGACCUCGCUCGCAGGUUGAAAACAUGUUCACCAACGGCUGGACAAAAUCUGGAGAAAUUGACACAGGACUUCCCACUCCAGAACAGACACCUCUGCAGCAGAAACGUCCCAGUCCUAAUGUUCAUCUCACAGACUGCGACUGGGACCAGAGCCAUACUUUCCUGGCCCAGACAGGGACACCCUGCCCAGCAAACUCUGCAGUCAUUUACCUGAGCUCCAAAUACCUGCAGGGUGGACGGCAGGAAGGAUCGGGCGAUAUUCCCCCUCAUUCAGAGCGCCAAAGGUACCUUAUCCUCGCCCACCCUCCAAAUCAAAGGGAGCAGGGUAGUCGACCGUCCGCUCCACCUACCCGCAACUCCACUGGUGAGUACAACUAUCCUGCAACACCUCAGGACUCACCUGAUCGAAGGAGGGUGGUUUCAGCUCCUACCACUCAAUCGGACUAUGGCGAACAACUGCGGUGGUCCAGAGACGGGCUCAAUUUCAACAGCAACAAUGCAACUCCUUCUGGACAUCAUCCAUAUCCAAUACAGCCACGCACGAAUGCAGCAUUAAUAGGGCCAAGUCACCACACUCAGCGGGGGCUCAAUGAGCUACAGGACUACAGCCACCUGCUGGUUAAAAGUGUAGGUGAGCGCAACCCAAAUGGCCAAUGAGUGGUCCAGGCCCGUUCACACCCUUCAGAGUCCCAUCACCCCCAAGACUCAGACUCCUUCUGUAAUCCUACCCUUCCUGUCCUCUCUCUCACUGCCAUCCAGUGUCUUUAAAGUCCCCCACCCAGUGGCUGAGCUCUAGUACCACCAAGAGUGAGAGAACAAGAGCAUUAGCGGUUGAUGGUGUUAAAGCCGCCGUCCUCCCCAGCCUGCAGGGGUGACGCCACUUAGCACGUUAGCGCCCUGUCUAAUCAAAUGGAAGGAUCGCUUGGGAAUAAACGGAUGCGUUGGGUGAUGGGAGGUGAAAUACUUAAUCAUAAUCCUGCGAAUGGCUACGUUGACUGUUUAGCGUAAUCGCGGAUUGUCUGUCUUUGUAAUCUCACGCCCUGGAAGUGAUCCGUUUCAUUUUCACCUUCCGUUUGCACCUGUGAAUGCUUCUUUUGAGCAUCCUGGGGCAUUUUCAGACAAGCUCUAACUUCCUUGUGUCUGGUUGUCUGUUUGUAUGUGUGUGUAUGUAAGUUGCGCUAAAAUGUGUUUGUCGGCCAGACCUGAUGUGAACGCAAAGUGGCCGAGCGACACUGGAGAUUCUCGAGUGAUCUGAUCUGAUGUCAAGUGACUGACUACCCCUCCCUCCCUUAACCUGUUAAGUGUCAGGAAGCAAUCAAGAAAACUGCCAUCUGACUUUGUCUUCAGACUUGUGUGCUGGAAUAUCAGAUGUACAUGGGUGACUGAGAAGAGCGUUCGCCAAAAAUCAUGGGGGAAUCAACCCAUGCUUUCUGAAUGGAGCAGGGAAGCACUGUGGAAAUGACUAUAUGUUACGUAUAGGGACAUAUGUUGUUGGGUGGACCCACUUAUUUUGUGGUUUAUCCCCAAAACUAAAAAGUUUCGCUUUUUUUUCCCCCCUUACACAUGUUAGAAUAAGAACAGAGCGUUUACAACACUUGCUUUUUCUUUAGCUCAGCCUGGCUUGGUUUUCUCUGCAGUCCAUUGAAUCGAAUGUGAGCUCGGUUGUCUGGGCCGAGUCGGGCCGCUGGGGAGCUGCAUUCAGAGUGUCUUUCUGACACUGGGUCUCUUUGUGCGGCCCAGCCAGAGAAGACCAUCCCAACAACAAAUAGCCGUUAAGAGUCACGGCCUAGCCAUCGGCCCAGCCCAGGAGAAUGUCAAUGAGGAGCCAGACAGAUCGGUCCCCUCUGGUUCCCCCCUCACUGCCAGCCUUCACAAGCCACACAGAAUCAGACGAAUACAAUGUUACAUUUAGAUGGAGAGCAAAAAAAAAUCUAACCCUCUAGGCUCCCAAUGGCACUGUGCCCGCUUCAUGCAUUGUUCAGUUUCCUCUGGCUCUCUUUGGAUUGCUGUUUGUUUGUUUCAGGGUUGUAAACCCCACGGGAAGCAUGAAAGAAAUGGUGUACUAUUCAAUUCAUUCACCUCUCAGUGAACGACGUUAUCUCCGCUUUCUUCCCGUGGGGCACCAGUAAUUCACCUAGCAUUACCUGAAUGGGUCCACUAGAGGGCAGUAAUGCAGACUAAGAUUUUCUUCUCAGUUCAGUGGACCAUUUUCACAUUGUGAGAUGAUGCAUUUCCACAGAAGUUAAAUAGUAUUUUAUGUUAUUUUAUGUUAUUUAACUGUAUGUUAUUAAAAGUAUUUGUCUAAGAUUUCCAAGUAUCCUAGCAAAAAAUAUAAUGUAUGAGGCAGUACAACAGUUUAAGCAUUGAUGAAAUAUGUCUUAAGCACCAAAUCAGUGUAUUAAAAUCAUUUUCUGACCAAUCAUGAUGCUAAAGAAAAUGAUAAAAUGCAAAAAAAGUGAUACUUUGCAGUAUUACUGUUUUUAAUACUGUUAUUUGUUUGUUUUUUAAAUAAAUAAUUCUUAAAAUUCUUAAACUACAAUAUAUAAAAUUAUACUUUGGCAUAAUUGCUUGGCAAGAAAGUGGCCACUAAUGCAGUAAGGUUUCACAUAUCUUGAGUUAUGAUAAAUUUGCCUUUUCCAUUUAGAAAGACUACUGAAUUUUGGAAAUUUCUUCCUUACUCUUUUGAAACAAAUACAAAAAUAACAUUUUCUUUGCUCUCAGAUGUAUUCUCCAGAAAUCUGUCCUGCCAAUAUUUAUAUUCCAAACCCGAAAAUGUGAAAAUGGUCCAUAAGAGGGUUUAACAUCAAAUAGUUGACGGUUCUAUAAUCAACACUGCUUCAGCACUAAGUAUAUAUUGGCCUAAAAACAGGCUGUGUUCCAAAACGAAAAGUCUGGUGUAGUGAUGAUGGAGAGAGAAUUUAAGGACACAGGAUAUGAGUGCAUUCUUUUGAUGGUUGAAAGUGAACUGCUGAAGCUGAACAUUAAACCAAUUAAUCAGCUGUAUAAUUUGUAGGUUUUAAGUGCCAAUGCAUGACUGAGUUCAAAACCCAGUGUGUAAUUAUUUUAAACAAUCAACAUUAUUGAUGCUGUUUUUUUUAAUUGCCACCAAUCUAACACAGACUGAGGCUUCACUGCUUGCUGGAAAGCUCUGACCACCCAUGCAUGCUCUCAUCUUUCUCGUCUCCCUGGCUUUUCACUCUGUUGCACCAUUAGACGAAACAUGCGCGAUUAAGUCUAUGUUGGCCUGAUAAGUCCUAGAGAUGAUCGUGAGAGACGUGCAGAAACACAGGCACCCACUUGCUUACUCACUGCCAGAUUUUACAAAGCAAUCGACCGAGAUGUGGGCAGCCAAAUCCCAUAUAAAUAGAAUAAACCAUAAACAAGCGGCAAACGCAGGUGAAAUGUAUUGUGUAACCCUGUGCGCAAUCGCUAAACUGGGUUAAUUCACACAAGAUUUUGAGGCAGUGAAAUGGAGUUAAUUUGCUGUGGAGCUCUAUAAAAUGUGUUCCCGGGAAAAGAAAGUAAGUGAAGGUUGUUUCACUGUUUUCCUAUGUCGUAAUUCUCUCGAGCAAGAAAUGGAGUCGGCCGUAAAAACUAUGCUACGGUUUUGUUUGGACAGAAAUAUAUCUAGCUACGUUUUUAGAAAGCUCCCUACUCUCAAUUUUCCAAUUAAAAUUCUGCCUGUGAACAGUGAGGACAGUGCGCUUGAGGCUUUCUCAUUGUCUGGGCUGUUUUUCUUUCUCCGCUUUGUCUCUUAAAGCUCUGAUUUUUUUUUUUGUACGCCCCCCCAGCCACAAACUGCCACAACUAAUGGGCCACCCGACAAAAUGCGCAAACACAAAGAAAGAAAUGGUUUGUUUGGAAAUGCUUUCAGUCUGCAAAACCUGACAUCUGACAAGCACAAACGGAGUUUGAAUUUUUUUGUAAAGUUGUAGAGAAUAUAUUAGCCAGUACUGAUAUCUUCAUUUUUAUAUUUGUUUGUUUUUGUGGUAAUGUUUUAGGUUGGUUUAUUGAUUUGAUUUGCUCUCUGGUGUGUGAGUUUUUUCGACAAUGACAAUGAUUAUUCUGCGACUGUGACCUGAAUUUCAGUGUUUGAUCCUGGUUCAUGAACUGUGCAAAGCCUUUUCUCAAAUCAAAAAGAAAGAAAGAGAAGAGAAAUACUUCUGCAAAAGAGCCAAGUUCUCUGUUAACUGUGAUGGACUUCUGAUUCGUCUCGCACCGGAGGCUGUUCGUGUUACUGGGUCAAUUGUCAUUAAAUGACAAGUCGUGUCCCCUUCAGUGUACAUAAUGAUUUCAGUGCUUAAAUGUAAUUUAAGUGAACUAUCUGCAUGAACACAGCCGCCUCGGUCUGGAGUCCACAGAGGUAGUGUGUACUUCAACACCACAUGCUACUGUGUGCCCUAAUAUUGUCCACCAAUCAGACAGUCACAUGCAUGCUUUCCAAAUCAACAGCACAAAUGCAAAUAAGGACACCCACCCACACACACACACACACACACACACACACGCAAACACAUGGACAGUGGAGUCCAGAAGUCUUAUUCUUAUUUAAUACAAUGUUUUUGUUUGGGAUUUCAGAAUGUCUUUGUAUCAGUUUGUCAGCAGCACUUGAUCUGCUUGUAGUUUGUGUAAAGUUCUGAUGAUCACGCUCUACAGCUUGAUUUGAAAUGAUCCAAAGAGCUUUUUAUGCUUCAGUGGAAGCAGGAACAUCUGGCUUUCUGCACGGUGUCACAUGAAGAGAAGUUACAAAUUUGCUUAUUUAAAUAGUUGGAAAUUAUGCUUAAUUCUAAAAACAUGUUGCAUUCAUUUUAUGUCUAGAAGUUUCUAUGUUAAUUUCUGCGAAUCCUUAAAAGUAUUUUCAGACUUUUGGACCCCACUGGACUUAAACAAACAAGCAAACAUACAGUUUUGCAUUUGAAAACUCACUGUCCUCAGUUCUGGCUGUCAUUGAGCAUGGAGACUGUGCUCUGUUAUCAUUUCCUGUUCUAAUAAACCAUCAAGAACCUAA